AUGACUGUUCCAAGAAAAUCAUAUGACGUUGUAGUUGUAGGCGCCGGCUGGUUCGGCCUCGCCGCUGCCAAGGCCUACAGGCAGAUAAAUCCAGAGGCAAAAAUGGCUGUGCUCGAGGCAGCUGAAUCGUGCGGCGGGACGUGGUCGAAGAAUCGUCUGUACCCUGGCCUGAAAUCAAACAACAUGAUAGGGACCUAUGAAUUCCCGGACUUUGCCAUGACGGAGGAUAAAUAUUGUGUCAAGCCUAAUAAUCAUAUCCCUGGUGCCACUCUUCACCGCUAUCUCACUGAUUUUGCGAGACACUAUGGCUUUUUCGACCAGAUUCAAUUUAACACAGCCGUCAAUUUGGUCGAUCGCAACGGAAAUGGGGGCUGGAGACUAUCCGUAUCAUCUCCAGACGGAAACCAAACUUACGAAACCAAGAAGCUGAUACUUGCAACGGGCCUCACGUCAACACCAAACUUCCCAAAAUACAAGGGCGCAAAUGACUUUGAAGGUCCCUUUUUCCACGCAAAGGAUUUUUGCAAAGAGGCGUCCCGCCUCCAAAACAUCAAGAAUGCGAUAGUCGUUGGUGGAGCCAAGUCUGCCUAUGAUGUCGCGUACGCGCUCGUUCAGGAUGGCGCAGAGGUCGAUUUGAUCAUCCGCCCGAAUGGAAACGGUCCGGUGUGGAUUUCCCCUCCCUUCGUGACUCCAUUUAAGAAGAGGUUGGAUCAAUUGCUGAACGUGCGAUGGAUGACGUGGUUCAGCCCCUGCCCUUGGGGUGAAGAGGACGGAUAUCCUCGCAUUCGCCGAUUUCUCCAUGGAACCGCUAUUGGUAGAUUCGUCGUCAAUACGUUUUGGAAGGUAUUGAGCAAUGACGUCGUCACUGCCAAUAAAUAUGACUCCCAUCCAGAGCUGCAAAAGCUCAAACCGUGGCAUUCGGCGUUCUGGAUUGGCAGUGGCCUGAGCAUUCUCAAUUAUGACACGUCGCUUUUUGAUCUUGUUAGACAAGGCAAGAUCCGUGUACAUAUUGACGACAUAGAGCGGUUAGCCCCUCACUCAGCAGUACUCACUUCUGGAAAAGAGCUUGAAGCAGAUGCCAUUAUCUGCUCGACUGGCUGGAAAAAAGAAUCAUCCAUUAAAUUCGCUGGCAAAGGCGGGGAGCAGCUGGACCUCGCUAUUUCAGAAGCCGAAAAGGACUCAUUGAAUAAGAAUGCCGACGCCACCAUUCUCGCUUUAUAUCCAGGCCUCAAAGAGCAGCCCCAGCUUCGAUUCAAGCCAAAGGACUCAAAGACCUUACGAUACUAUCGAUUUAUGGUUCCCUCGCAAAUGAUUGAGUCGCGCGACCUGGCCUACGCGGGCAUGAUCUCCACUGUCAGCACUGCAACUUGCGCGGCGAUCCAGGGGCAUUGGAUAGCAGCCUUCCUCUCGGGGAUGUUAGAUCGUAAUCCGGGAACCCAAAAAGAGAUUACCGACGAAAUCAUGCUGCAUACGCAAUGGGGGAAGUGGCGCUACCCGUGUGGUUAUGGUGCUGACCUUCCAGAUUUUGUGUUUGACGGCCUGCCUUAUGUCAACAUGUUGAUGAAAGAUCUCGGUCUGGAGGUGCGCCGUAAGUCGAGCUUCUACCGCGAACUCACCUCUCCGCAUCUUCCCGCUGAUUUCGCAGGUCUGGUUGAAGAAUGGAAGGAGAACCACAAGGCAAAGAUAGAGUAG